AUGCCCAAAGUCUGCCUUGGUGAGCACAGCUUCGGUGCAAAUGAGGGCACUGAGGAGUGCAUUUAUGCUGAAAAGGCUUUCACGCACCCGGAUUUCAACAUCUACACCCUGGACAACAACAUCAUGCUGUUCAAACUGAGUCGUCCCGCCACCCUCAACAGCUACGUCAAGACUGUAUCCCUGCCCUCUCUAUGCUCUGUGGCUAAUGAGGACUGCAUGCAGUCUGGAUGGGGCAAGGCGUCAUCUAACGGCACCUACUACCCCAGCAAUCUUCAGUGCCUGAGGCAGCCCAUCGUUGAUGACGCAAUCUGCAGGAACCUUAUCACUACCGUCCCCGAGGUCACUGAGAACAUGGUCUGCGCUGGAUCCGUGCAUGGAGACACCAGUGCACACAAAGGGACUGAGGUGGCAGAUGCUGGCGGACCUCUGGUGUGUAACGGCGAGCUGCAGAGAGUCAUGUCCUUGGCUUCUGACUGCAUCACGAAUAGAAACACCGCUCUUUAUGUCCGCAUGUGCCGCUACAUCAACUGGAUCAGCAGUGUCAUAAGCAGCAACUAA